AGCGAUUGUGGUCUCAUGUUCUUUUUGCAUGCUAUACAGGUUAGUGUGCAGAAGUGAAAGUGUCAAUAAUAACCGAAACGACUCCAUCAAGUUAGGUCUGGGGAAAAGCAGCAGCAAAAAUGAGUUACUUCUGGUCACAAAACAAAAGUACCAGACCUGAUUUACUCUGCGGGCAUCCAGCUGACUACCUUGUUGAAGACCAACAUUUCAUAAUGCUUGUAUGUUUCAUUGUUGCUUUGGGAGGGUUUUUGAAGACGUGUUUAAAGAAUUCUGAAGUCAUUGUUUUGACAAUUCUCUCUCUAUCAGGAUUUGUGAUAGGACGAAUGGCCUACAAUUCUGUUGAGGUGCACCAAAUUGUCUACCCUCUUAUAAGAACAUCAAGUUUUUCACUUUUUUCUUACUUUUCACCUUUAAUUAUGUUCAUGGCUGCUUUGGAUGUAGACUUUUAUAUAGUCAAGAAUGUGUUUUGGCAGGUCUUGUUAGCUGGAUUAAUCAGCUUUUCUGCAGCGUGCAUCAUAAUUGGAUGUGUGGUUAUAAUAUUCAAUAAAGAGUCGUGGGAUUUGCAAUCUUCCCUAUUCUUUAGCAUCACCCUUAGCAUUACCGAUCCUCUUCAUUCUGCGAAUUCACUGAAAACUAUUGGCGUUUCUAAAAUAUAUACUGAUCUCAUUAGAGGAGAAUCAGUGAUCAUUUGUAGCAUCACAUCAAUUUUUUUUGGAAUUUUUCGGAACAAGAAAAUCUACCUUUCUGUUUUUAGAGUGUUACAUGCAGCCAUUGGAAUCAUCUUGGACAUUUUUGGAAGCAUAGUAUUUGGAUAUUGGUGUGCAAGAAUCAUUCAAUUUAUAUUGGCUGACCUUUUCAUCAAUAUGCUGACUGAUAUCGUUCUCUGCUUUUCAAUGGUGUACAUGACUUUCUAUAUUGUGGAAUAUUUAGGAAUGUCAGGCGUUCUUGCCUUAGCCACUGUAGGACUGAAUUUAGACUCUUUAACCUUUAGACCGAGGAUCGAAUUUGUAAUUACUAGGUUCUUAAGAAUGUUUUCAUCUGUAUAUGAACAUUUAAUAUAUGCUUUCUCUGGCAUUGUGAUUGGAUGUGGAGAAAGCAACCAUUAUGACUUUCACACCAUAAUUUUCAUACUCAUCUUAUUUGCAACAGUGAAUUUAGUAAGGUUGCUCACUAUUUUGUUAGUGAGCCUUAUUUUGAUGCGUUCAAAUUAUGAAUAUAAUUGGCGAUGGGGAGUUGUUAUGGCAUGGUCUGGAAUUAAAGGAGUUUUUAGUUUACUCCUUGCUCCUGAUAUUUAUAAUCUCACUGAAAAAAAAGUAGAAGUACCAGAAAUGUUUAUACUCUAUAUACAAGUAAUAUCGUUAUUGACGAUGGGAAUAAAUUCAUACAUGAUGACUCAGUCAGCCAAGAAGUUAGGUUUGUGUGUUCUUUCCCUCCCAAGACAAUUGGCUUUGCAAAAUGCCGCUCAGCACAUCCAGGAGAUAAUACGGAACACAAUAACUUUAUUUAAAACAGAAAAAAUUUUGACAAAUGUUAAUUGGACCAUAGUAGAAGAUAAAACGACGAUUGAAUACAUUCCUUUUUCCCAUGUUUCACCUAAGGAAAUGAAGAAGGAAUCCCCAACAGAUGAAGUUUUAAUAGAAGAAGCCAGAUUGCAUGUUGCUGUAAUACAAAUGAGUAGCUUUGAGCAACAGCAUAAUGAUGGAAUUCUUGAAAUAGAGGCAGCCCAGAUAUUAAUUGGUGCAGCAAAAAGCUAUUGCCUCAUCCAAGGAAAAUUCAUGAGUAUUUACGAUGUUUCAUCUUAUGUAAGUGCUAGAAGUUGGCUUAUAAAGUUUAAAAACGUUUUAACUUUCUUGGACUAUCCUAAAGAAAAGAUACUUUUUAUUCCACCUGAGAGUAAUAUAUUUCUGACUUCUGUAUUUCACAUAGUAUUUUCUGAAGAAUUUGAAUAUGCAGGACACAUUAUACAUCUGAUAUAUAUUUAUCCUCUGAUAAUACAACUGUGGCCAAUGGCAAGAGAGUUAAAUGGGUCAGCACUGAUAGCGAUGAACUACUAUUUUAUAUUUUUGUAUGUAUUAGAAUCAACAUUGAAGAUAAUAAUUCUGAAAAGGAAAUAUUUUCAACAGUUUUGGAAUGUUUUGGAAUUUUCUAUCCUGGUCACUGGAAUCAUUGAUAUCUUUUUUAUGUACCUUGUGAAACGGAUACCAAACAGCUUGACUCUUAUUCAGGUUACAGUAGUAACAGAAUAUUUAAGACUCAUUAGGUUUCUUACUCUCUUCAAGAUAAUAAUACCAGUACUGUUACGUAUUGUAAAUGUGCAGAUCGAAAAGCGCCUCAGCUUGAUGUACAGUAUUACAAAAGGCUAUAUCAAAAGUCAAGAAGAUGCCAAACUUCUAAUAAAACAAAUAUCUGGCCGUGAAUCAAUAUAUAAGAAACUAUAUGAAAUUUUGGAAACCAACAAACAGGAUGCUGUCAAAGAAUUAGGACUCAUAGAGCAUGAGUGUCGUGAUGUUGUCAUUGCUUUGAAGACUAAGCAGGCAAUCCGAAAUGUGAUUGCUGAAGCUCUAAAAAAUCUCACCUUCCUUUGGUCAAGAGGCAUUAUUGAUAAACAUGAGGGCAUCGAGAUGAAUAAGGUACUUCUUAAAAAAAUAAAAGCACUAAAUAACAUUCCAAUGGCAAUCCCACCCCCAACUCCUGACAAAUACCUUCAUAAUAUCAUUUGGCUGGAAGGUAAAGAUGUUCUCAUUCAGUUCUUCAAGGGAAGAGCCAAACUUGCCUAUUUUGACUAUGGCGAUAUCAUUUGUAAAAAAGGUGAAAUGCCACAAGGAAUUUACUUAAUUAUUUCAGGAAUGGCAAUUUUGCGUGAUUUAUCUCCUACCUUUGGAAUAGGGAGUAGCCAGAGGCCUGAUAGAGAGUCCAGAGCUAUGUUUACAGAGUUCUGUACGAGUGGGGACGUAAUUGGAGAGCUAAGCUGUCUGCUUAAGCGUGAAAUUGAAUAUACCGUCAUCUGUGAAACUACUUUACAGGCCUGCUUUAUCUCCCUGGAGGAUUUAUAUGAAGCCUUCGAUGUCUUCUGGCCAUCUCUGGAGUAUAAAAUAUGGCUAAAGCUUGCUCUCAAUACUGCGUAUCGGUAUUUUGAAUCAAGUCUUAUAGAUGAGGACUUAAGGUUUCAGAAGUGUGUGAUGUACAAUCAUGCAUACGUGGAAACUUUAUCAAGCUAUAAUGAAAUGGCUAUUGAUAAUAUGACCAUGAAAUUUGUUAUCAUUGUGUAUGGCAGUGUAAUUGAUACUAAGACGGAGGAACCGUAUUUUGCACCUUGCAUUAUACCUAAAACCUGUGAGCAGGUUCAGGGAACUUCUGAUUUAAGCAAGCUGCUGAUAAUCCAAGCAUCUGAGCCUGACCGCAGCAAUAGUAAAACCAAUGUCAUGGCUUCUGUGUCGACCCAAGUCUUCAAACAACCAGGAGAGUAUAUAACUGGAAGACAAAAGAUGAGAUAAUAAACUUGACACUUUGAUUAGAUUUUUUUUCUUAUUGCAAAUAUUGAACUACACAGCUAAAAUAGAGUGAGGUAAAAAUAGCAAUAUGUAGGUGGUGAGAAAAGACACUCCAAGGUACAAGUGAUUAAUUUGGACACAUUAGAAUAAAGCCAAUCUGAAUUACUUAAAAAUUAAAGUUACAGAAUAUUUUUGAAAGACGUAAUUUUGCCCCACCCCAUUUCCAUCCCCCUCACUGAUAUUUAGGCCAAAGAGUAGGUAUCUAUGGAAUUUGGGGUAAAGAGGGACAUAUAUCAUGCACAUGUUUAGACACUAGAGUCCAUCCAUGUUUCUGCCUUUGGAAUGUGGAUUCCUGGAUGUAUGGA